AUGCGCUUUUCCACUUCAGCCGUUGCGGCUUUGGCUGCUGUCUGCUCCAUGCCUUUCGCGUCCGCCGUUGCGACACCCCUUCAUGAAGCUGGUCGCUGCGCAAUACGUGGCAGCUGUGGCAAGCAGGGUUUCUUCGGGUCCGACCUGCCCUGUCCUGACAAUGGAAAGGCAUCUGCUCCUUCUGACGAACUGCGUGGGAAGCUAGUGGAUCUGUGUGGACCAAAAUGGCAGGAUACCGAUGUCUGCUGUGAAGAGGGACAAGUGGACACUCUGAAAAAGAAUCUCAACCUCGCACAGAGGAUCAUUGCUUCAUGUCCUGCUUGCAAGGAGAAUUUCUUCAACAUCUUCUGUACAUUCACCUGCUCUCCGGACCAGUCCAUGUUCGUCAACGUCACGAACACGGGAAAGUCCAGUAAUGGGAAGGAUGUCGUCACCGAGCUCGAUAACAUAUGGUCAACAGAAUACCAGAGCGGCUUCUACGACAGCUGCAAAGAGGUCAAGAACGGCGCGAGCGGCGGCAAAGCCAUGGCUUUUAUCGGUGGUGGUGCGGAGAAUUACACCGAAUUUACGAAGUUUCUGGGCGACAAGAAGCUGCUGGGCAGCCCGUUUCAGAUCAACUUUCUUGAAGAACCUCGAUACGAAGAUGCGCAAGGUAUGGAGCAGCAAGACCCUCGGGUUUAUGCCUGCAAUGAUACCGACCCGAACUACCGGUGCAGCUGUGUCGACUGUCCAGCUGUGUGUCCCACUUUAGAACCUGUCAGUUCGGUCGAGUAUUGUCAUGUCGGAAAACUGCCAUGUCUGUCCUUCGCGGUAAUCAUAAUCUACUCGAUCGCGCUGCUUCUGCUCAUCACGGCAAUCUCCGGCCAUGUGGCCUACCGAAAGCACAGGCAGUGGAAAAGCGAGAGGCUGCAGCUACUUCAAGACGCUGCCCCGAGCGAUGAUGAGGAUGAGGGCGAUCUCGUUCAUAAUCCUGGCCUCUUGGAACGACCACAACGUAACUACUACCUAAAUCAGGUUUUUGAUCGAGCAUUCAACAAGCUUGGUGGCUUCUGUGCUCGAUAUCCAGCAUUGACCAUUGGCACCAACAUCGUGAUUAUCGGUCUGUUGAGCUUGGGGUGGUUGAGGUUCGAGGUCGAGAGAGAUCCUGUUCGUCUAUGGGUUAGUCCCAGCUCUGACGCAGCUCAAGAAAAGACCUUUUUCGAUGAGAACUUCGGUCCCUUCUACAGAACGGAGCAAGUGUUCCUGGUCAACGACUCCGCGGCUUCAAACAGCUCCGUCUUGCAGUAUGACACCCUAGACUGGUGGUUCGACGUUGAAGAACGCAUUUCGCGCAUGAUGACCUCAGAGAACGGCAUUACGCUCAAGGAUGUUUGUUUCAAGCCUACCGGUUCGGCAUGCGUGGUUCAGUCUGUCAGCGGAUGGUUCGGGGCCGGGCUUACCAGCGACUGGAAAGACCAGAUCGAACUAUGCGCGGCCCAUCCUGGUGACCAGAGGUGUCUUCCAGAGUUCAUGGACCCCCUGCAGCCCGGCCGUAUCCUCGGAGGCUAUGAUAGCGUUGACGACAUCUUGAAUUCGAAAGCACUGGUCACGACCUGGGUAGUCAACAAUCACCAACCGGGAACAGAAGGCGAGGCCAGGGCUUCAGAAUGGGAACGUGCCCUGAAACAUGACCUGCUAAUCUAUCAAGAAUCUGCCCGAGCUCGCGGAUUACGCAUGUCUUUCAACACAGAGAUCAGCCUCGAGGAGGAGCUGAACAAGUCGACCAACACCGAUGCCAAAAUUGUGGCCAUCAGUUACGUUGUCAUGUUCAUCUACGCUUCGCUCGCUCUGGGCUCGGCGAGCUUGUCCAUGAAAUCGCUUCUCAAUCAUCCCUCGAAUGCGUUCGUGCAGUCCAAGUUCACUUUGGGCGUGGUCGGCAUUGUGAUUGUCCUGAUGUCUGUCUCCGGCUCUGUCGGUUUGUUCUCUGCUGCCGGGGUGAAAGUCACUUUGAUCAUCGCAGAAGUCAUUCCCUUUUUGGUUUUGGCAGUUGGAGUCGACAACAUUUUUCUCAUUGUUCAUGAAUUCGAGCGAGUCAAUGUCAGCCACCCUGACGAGGAGAUCGAUGUACGUGUUGCAAAGGCUUUGGGUCGUAUGGGUCCUAGCAUUUUGCUUUCAGCAUCCACCGAGACAAUUGCUUUUGCAAUGGGUGCUUUCGUCGGAAUGCCUGCUGUCAAGAACUUUGCAGCAUAUGCCGCAGGAGCUGUGUUCAUCAAUGCUGUCUUGCAAGUCACAAUGUUCGUGUCGGUUCUGGCUCUGAAUCAGAGACGCGUUGAAAGCCUCCGAGCAGAUUGCUUCCCUUGCGUCACGGUGAGAGGAGCCAACUCGGUCAGCAUGCCUGGUGGUCACUUUUUCGGUAGCGACGAAGAGGGCUGGUUGCAACGCUUCAUCCGCAAGGUUUACGCUCCGCGUCUCCUGGACAAGAAAGUCAAGACUUUCGUAAUGGCAUUCUUCGUCACCUUGUUCGCGACCGGCAUUGCACUGAUCCCGAGGGUGGAAUUGGGCUUGGACCAACGUAUCGCCUUACCUUCGGAUUCUUACAUGAUUCAAUACUUCGAUGAUCUGUAUGACUAUUUCGGAUCCGGGCCGCCUGUGUACUUUGUGACACGCGACGUAAACGUUACGGAAAGACAACAUCAGCAACAACUCUGUGGCGGCUUUACCACAUGCGACGAAUACUCGUUGGCUUAUAUUUUGGAGCAAGAGUCUAAGCGGCCCGAAGUCAGCUACAUCAACUCCGCUACCGCAAAUUGGCUCGACGACUUUUUUUAUUGGCUCAACCCAAUCUCUGACUGCUGUAAGGAGGACAAUGGAGAUACCUGCUUCCAAGAAGGAGAAUGGAACAUUACCCUUGGUGGCAUGCCUGAGGAUGGAGAGUUCAUCCGGUACAUCCAGAAAUGGAUCCACGCUCCUACGGACGAAGAAUGUCCCAAUGGCGGACAAGCUGCGUAUUCGGAUGCGGUGGUCAUCGACAAGAACCAUACAGACAUCCCCACGAGUCAUUUCCGGACAUUCCACACCCCACUGCACGGCCAAGACGACUUCAUCAAUUCCUACGCCGCAGCACGAAGGAUUUCAGACGACAUAUCCAGUCGGCAUGGAAUCAAGGUCUUCCCUUACAGCAAGCAUUACAUUUUCUUCGACCAGUACAGCAACAUAGUCCGUCUGACCGCGACGCUGCUCUGCCUGGCCGUGGCGAUCAUAUUUGUGCUGACAUCUUCGCUGUUGGGUUCCUUGCAGACAGGCGCGGUCGUUGCCGCUACGGUGGUCAUGAUUGUCGUGGACAUAAUCGGGGUGAUGGCUCUCGCUAAUGUUUCGCUCAAUGCUGUCUCACUGGUCAAUCUGGUGAUAUGUGUGGGUAUCAGCGUCGAGUUUUGCGCACACAUUGCCCGCGCGUUCAUGUUCCCCAGCAAGUCGGUCUUGGAGCGCGCGAGACACAAGUUCCGGGGCAAGGACGUGCGAGCCUGGACUGCCCUGGUCAACGUUGGGGGCAGUGUGUUCAGUGGCAUUACGAUCACAAAGUUUCUGGGCGUGGCUGUGCUGGCCUUUACGCACAGUAAGAUCUUCGAGGUCUACUACUUCCGCGUGUGGUUGGCGCUGGUCAUAUUUGCUAGCACUCAUGCCUUGGUGUGGUUGCCGGUUGCGUUGAGCUUUUUCGGUGGUGAAGGCUAUAUCGACCCCGAGAGCGAGGGUGGCUUGGAGGAAGAUCUGGCGAGUAGGAGGUAUAGGAGUCUUUUGCCCGAUGAUGACUAUGAUUCGGAGGAUGAGUGAAGUGUGGAAAAGAAAAACGAAGAUGUUUCUUGUGUACUGUAGGAUUAGUUUGUAGAUCCAAAAAAUAGGUGCGGUGUUGGAUGUGCGCUAUCAUUUCUGUCCAU